UGUAACAGGCUGGCCGCUGGUGUAUGUCUGGGAGGAUAGGAAGGAUGGCGCUCCCUAUAGCCAGUCGCAGUACGGUGUUGGUGCUGCUCUCCAUCGGGCUGACCCUGACUUUGGGCUUCGGACUCCCCGAGAUAUUCAAGCUGCUCUUCAGGGUUCUGGGCUUUCCUGCAGACCAUGCCUCACAUGCCAUUGUCGUGCUGUACUUUGUGUUUGUACUGUGUGUGGCCAUGCCAUCCAUACCCAGGGGCACACUUCCAGUGGAAGGAAAGGCAGUACUGAUCACAGGCUGUGACAAAGGGUUUGGAUUUGCCUUGGCAAAGCAUCUGCACAAAUUGGGAUUUAAAGUUUUUGCAGGUUGUUUAUUAAAGGAUAAGAAUGGAGAAGGAGCACAAGAGCUGGAGAAAUUGCAAAGCGGUCGCAUGAAAGUCCUUCAGAUGAAUGUCUGCAGUGAUGAAGAAGUUGCCCAUGCUGUGGAAUUUGUGAAGGAGCACCUUGAGGACCCCGAGAAAGGUUUGUGGGGCUUGGUUAAUAACUCUGGCAUUGCUACAUUUGGAGAAGUGGAGUUUACAAGUCUUGACACAUAUAAAGAAACUGCAGAUGUGAAUUUAUGGGGAACUAUUCGAGUGACGAAAGCUUUUUUGCCUCUUAUACGUCACAGUAAAGGUCGGGUCGUAUGUAUGGCUAGCAUGCUUGGAAGAAUGGGAAGCCCAUCCCGGUCAAGCUACUGCAUUUCCAAAUAUGGAGUAGAGGCCUUUUCUGACUGUCUACGACAAGAGAUGUACAAGUGGGGGGUGAAGGUCAUUGCUAUUGAACCUGGAAACUUUAUAGCUGCCACUGGAAUAUUCACCAAAGAAGGAGUAGAAAGACGUGGAAAAGAGAUGUGGGAGCAAGCUUCAGAAAUUGUACGUGGCGAUUAUGGGAGCGUUCAUUUUUCUCAGCAGGUUGCCAGAAUGAAAGCUUUUGUUAGUUCUGGUCAGAAAGAUAUGACUGCUGUUCUCGAUGCAAUCACACAUGCAUUAUGCUCUAAAUGCCCCAAUACACGGUACAGUCCUGUAGACACCUAUUACUGGAUAAAGCUGCAGCUCAUGUCCCACCUUCCUGCUGGCAUUGCAGACUGGAUUUAUGUUCACUGAAGAAUGUUGAAAGUACUGAUGAAUCUACGUGUGCAAGUUUAAGUGUGCUGUAUUAAAUACCAUGUAUGCCGUGUUUUUUUCCAGGAAGGUCAGUACUAAAACUGUACCAACUGCUCUGGUUAUGAAUAAAUCAACUUGAAAACAUG